CAAUAACAGAGAUUAUAUUGACACCAUAUCUAUUUAAAUACCGCAACCUGAUCAGGGACACAAAUCACUACAUGCAUUCCGCCAUGUCUGUCUCAUUGAGUCUUGACCCAGUCAUCUCGUCAACCUGCUCCCUGUGGUUUGCCUGGGACCAAUACGAGUUCCUGACGCUAUUCUGCAAGCCAGAUAUACAUACACUAAGCAACAGGCUGCUCCCAUCAUACUUCACGACAUUUUUUUAAUCGUGGCGCUCCUCGAGUUAUAGUCCUCCUUUC